AUGUCCAACCAAACCCUGUCACGCACAUACGCAACCGAUGCUGUCCCAGCAGACUGGCACACCAAGACAUCAGAAGACAACUACCGCCUCGGCGUCAAGCUGACGCGCAUAUUCCGCGUUCAUUUCGUGAUGCUGAAGCAGACGCGAGAGUCUGUCAAUACUAGCAACAGCCCGACACUCAAGAAGUCUUUCAGCGCGUUCGCCGCGGCUACGAAUCAGUCAAGUAGUCGGCUAUCGAACUACAUCACUGAGGAAUGUCGGGUGCUGAUGAAGAAUGGAAGGUUCGCGCACGAUGCGACGCCCUUCUUGCCCGUGUCGAUUUCUGAGUUGGAUGAGGGCGGAGGUGAUGAGACAGACACGAUAAGGCUUUCCACCCAGUUCGUCUUGCAAAUGCUCCUCGCCACUUUGGGCGCUCUGCGGGACAGCUGGCCCUGGCUCAAGGAGGUGCAGCCAGGCGUGGAUGUCUCGUAUGCGCAGCUCUUCGAAACGGCUAUUCAGACGGGCCAAACUUUCUCCAAGGAGGUCUUCAAUGAGUAUAAGAAGAAACGCGACGAUGAGCCUUACUAG